GAAGGCGUGGCUUGAUUAUGGGAUGUUAGAGGUGAAAUGGCGCUCGGCGCGGUAUUUUAAACAAUCGUCUUCGUCUGAGAGCGGAUGAUCGACGCGAUGCAGCGCCGAGUUGGACUUAAGAGUGCGUGAUCGAGCGGGAAACCUCGAGGAUUUCAGAAGAGCGUCUCGACACUCAUCUCGAGCGAGCUGUGUUUUCAGGAACUUCGUGCACGAUGGAUGUGGUUUCACCGGAGCUCAACAGCCUCCUCCCUGAUGAGAUUAUGGAUACGGAAGCCAUCGCGAUGGAAGAGGAGCUUCCCGCCGAGCACCUCGCCGCUCCUCCUCGGCCUGAACCGGAGCCGCCGCAGGUUCCUAUGGAGACAGAGGUGCCUGAAAUCGUCAGCCUGUGUCCAGCCUCCACGUCUUUGCAGCUGACCCCCACCUCCACCGACGCUCAGUGCAGCACCAGCUCGGGAACCCAGCUCCUCCUCGCCCCCUCCGGCCUCAUAUCCAGCGCCACCUCCGCCAAGACCACCGGUCCUGCGGCGACUCAGAACCUCCCCAAAAUCUCCAGCGUUACUGUCCCGGCCAACCACCAGCUCAUCAUCAAUAAAGUGUCUGGCUGCCCCGCUGCGGAUGGCAAGGCUCCAGGUGCUGCUGUGCUCAAGCCGGAGGGCCAAAAACUCUUGGUCGCUGGCCUCAGUAAAACAGGGCAGCCCAUUAUGUUGGCUCUGCCGCACACUUGGAACAAGCCCGCCACUACCCAGGGCACAGGGGACGCCAAGGCCCAGCCGACGCAGAUCAAAAUGGUGACGACGGUAGGGAAGCCUGUGAUAGCGGUGAGCUCGGCCAGUCAGCUGAUGGGCAGCUCCACCACACUGCAGGCCCAGCAGCUCAAGACACUUCAGAUUACAAAAAAGCCCCCAGUAUCUACGGCUGGACCGAUGAUAACAAAGCUCAUCAUCACAAAAGCCCUAAACAAUAAAGGACUGUCCUGCCCAGCUUCGGUGGCUCCUGUAGUAACUGGGCGAGUUGUUACCCAGAGUACUCCAGUGACACCUCCACGCACCAUCACUAUCGGUGAGACCAUCAGCGCUGUGCCACAAAACACGUCUGGUAACAGCAAAGUGGCCAUCUCGCCUCUCAAGUCUCCCAGCAAGCUGACUGUGGUUUCGGUGGCCAGUCAGUCUCCAAACUCUCCUCAGAAGUCUGUGACGCUGCCGCUCAACGUGGCUCUGGGCCAGCAGAUCCUCACUGUUCAGCAGUCUGCCGCCACCUCUCCGGCUAAGGCAGGAAGCAGCCAGGCCACCGCACAGACUGUAAAGCCAGUGCAGACGGUGGGAGGAGUGGGAGCAUCCCAGUUUAAGACCAUCAUCCCCCUCACCACACCUCCCAAUGUGCAGCAGAUCCAGGUGCCGGGCAGCCGCUUCCAUUAUGUGCGUCUGGUAACGGCCACCACCGGCAGCACCACGGCACAGUCGAGCGGCAGCACCAGCACCAACCCUUCAAUCCAACCAGCCAAGCCUGUGAUGAUGAACGCUGCGGUGCGGAUGUCUGUACCCAUCGUCCCAGCACAGACCGUCAAACAGGUGGUGCCCAAACCCUUGACAUCAGCAGCCCAGGUGGUGACCACCAGUCAGACGCCCCAGCGUCUCAUCAUGCCCGCCACACAUCUGCCACAGAUCCAGCCCAACCUCACCAACCUGCCCCCGGGCACUGUGCUCGCCCCCGCCCACGGCUCAGGAAACAUGGGCUACGCCGUGCUCCCGGCCCCAUACGUUACACAGAUCCCUCAGCCUGCGUUUGUGACUUUGACCAGCAGCUCCACUUUCUCGACAGCCACCCCUAUACAGACUCAAGCCAGGCUUUCACUUAACGGUUUAUCAACAUCGGAAGCUACUUCAAGGCCGAGAAAACCCUGCAAUUGCACACGGUCGCAGUGUCUGAAAUUGUAUUGCGAUUGCUUUGCCAACGGGGAGUUCUGUAAUAACUGCAACUGCGUUAAUUGCUUCAACAACCUUGAUCAUGAGAGUGAAAGACUGAAGGCCAUCAAGGCGUGUUUAGACCGAAACCCUGUGGCUUUUAAGCCCAAGAUUGGCAAAGGCAAAGAAGGGGAGUCAGACAGGAGACACAGCAAAGGCUGCAACUGUAAGAAGUCUGGUUGUCUGAAAAACUACUGCGAGUGUUACGAGGCAAAGAUCAUGUGUUCGUCCAUCUGCAAAUGCAUGGGCUGCAAGAACUUCGAGGAGAGUCCGGAGAGGAAGACGCUCAUGCACCUGGCAGAUGCUGCAGAGGUGCGAGUCCAGCAGCAAACCGCAGCCAAAACUAAACUGUCCUCGCAGAUCUCCGAUCUGCUCACGAGAACCACGCCGGCCGUCACCAGCGGAGGCGGAAAGCUGCCUUACACAUUCGUAACGAAGGAAGUGGCCGAGGCGACGUGUGACUGUCUGCUGGAGCAGGCCGAGCAGGCCGAAGUCAACAACCAGCCUCAGGCCAUGGCAGAGCGCCUCAUUCUGGAGGAGUUUGGCCGCUGCCUCAGGAGAAUCAUCAGUUUUGCUGGCAAAGCCAAGACGGACUGUCCCAUCAACUGCUAGAGCCGUGACCCCGAGCCCAGACUCGGGCUCCACUGAGGACGUUUUACCGGUUUCGUGGGCAGAAUGUCGCUCUGGCCUGUGAGGUGCGUCGCGGAGGACGCUCUAUGUUCAGUAGGAGGACUACAGUGCUUCAUUGUAGCCCCUGCUUGGACCGAACACUGAUUGCUUUAUCGGAAGGGGUUUAUUUUAGAACGAUCAAUGCUGUUUUAAGAAGUUUUGUUUGGCAAUGUUUUCCACUUUUAAAUCUGCAUAAUCAUGAUAUGUGUUUGUCUUUUAAAACUGGAUUUUCAUAUCGUCGUCAUCAUCAUCAUCAUCAUUCAUUGUCGUCUGAAAGCUCUUACUAAUAACCUCGGGACGAGGAAGGAGUCUCCCUGCACAUGUAAUAAUAAUAACUAGCUGUCUGAUCAUGACUUGUAUACAGUAAGUAGCCUGUACUGUAGCUUCAUCGUAUUUAAUUGCUGGGAGCAGAUUUUGUUCGUUGAGCAGAGUUGGGUUCGGUCUUCAUCGUUUUGUUCGCGCUGAAGCACGCUUGCGUUCGGUCUGGACGAGAACGAAGCGGAGCGUGGCGGUACAGGUUUCCUGUACUCCAGAAAUCUAAGAUUAGAUUUGAAUCUUUGAAACGAAACCUAGCUAAAAGUUAAAUAAGCUUUGUAAUAGAGUAGCGAGUCUUAAAGCUUGUUUGACGGGAUCCUUCAUUCUCAGUCCACAGAACAGAUGACAACCUACUCAAUUUUAUUUUAUUUGUUUUCCCAGUUUUGUUUGAUUUGGGACUUAUUUCUGUUAUUGGUUGAUCCGCUCUGUCAGGGCCUAAUUAAACCACACUUUUCCACACUCCGAGUCUGAGUCUACACACGUGUAGUACCGGAAAGGCCUGCCCAGAACACGUCUAGCUCAUAUUGCAUCCCAAAAUCAUUCCUUUAUAUUGCUUAAAGACAAUGUAGCUUCUUUUAGAACUCAUUAAAUGAAUAGUUGACCUAAAUAUGUCAACUUUGUAGUUUUCUCA